GGGUGAAAUUUGUGGCAGUGAAAGUAUUCCUUUGUGGAUGCAUCUCUGUCUGUUGGAUGAGCAGCAGUAUAAUUGUUUGUUUGUUUGUUUGUUUUCUCCCAGCAGAGCCGUGCAUGCUUCCCUGCCUGAACGGAGGACAGUGCAUUCAGUCGGAGUCGUGUGACUGCAGCUUGUAUCAGGCCACUGGACACAGAUGUCAGACAGUUCCUAACCCCGGCUUUGAGAGGGAGAUGACGUGCCGCUCGUGGGGUCAGUACAACUUUGAGACCUUUGACGGCCUUUACUACCACUUCCCUGGUCGCUGCACGUACACGCUGCUGAAGGACUGUGAGGAAACCACCCAGGCCAGCAUCGUCGUCCAGGUCCACAAUGACCCGGGCUGCAGCUCUGCCCCCUACACCUGCCAACGAUCUGUCAGCCUCUUCCUGCCGUGGGAGGGAGAAGUUCGGCUGCACGCCACCAGCGUAACCUUCAAGGGCCAAAGUCUGCAGCUGCCUCAUCACAUCCACGACCUGCAGCUGGAGCAGAUCUCUCAGUAUGUUCUGGUGACGCAGCAGCACGGCUUCACGCUGGCCUGGGAGGGACGCAGCGGCUCCGUCUACAUCAAACUCAGCCCAGAGUUUGUGGGCCGAACCUGCGGCCUGUGUGGGAACUUCAACGCAGACGUCCAGGACGACCUAAAGACCAGUUAUGGUGUGAUGACACAUGAAAUCGAAAUGUUUGGGAACAGCUGGGUGGAGGCAGAGCCCCACGAGGCCCGAUGUCCGCUGGUAACCUCCGGCUUCCCUUCUCCGUGUGAUGCGGUCGAAGCUCAUGUCCUGCUGAAAGUGGAGGAGAUUUGUGCAAUGCUGCUGGAUCUGCCAUUUCAGAGCUGCCACGACUUUGUUAGCCCGCUGUCCUACAUGGCCAGCUGCUCCAAUGACCUCUGCAUGUCGGGUCCCAGCGGUGAUGUGGUAUGCCAGGUGUUCAGCGAGUAUGCCCGGGCCUGUGCCCACGCUGACCACCCACUGCACGACUGGAGGCAGCACAUUCCUCAGUGUGCGAAGCAGUGUGUCCUUGGUCUGCAGUACAGGGAGUGCAUCAGCUGCUGCCCGGCGUCCUGCAACCUGGAGCGAACAUGCAUCGACAGCAAGCUGGCCUGCCUGGACGGAUGCUACUGCCCUGAAGGUCUGAUCUACGAGGACGGAAGCUGCGUGACGCCCUCCGACUGUCCCUGCGAGUACCAUGGCAUGUUUUAUCCAUCUGGACAGACUCUGCAGGAGGAAUGCAACAACUGCACAUGCGUGGGUGGAGUGUGGAACUGCACCGAAUACAGCUGCCCAGGCGAGUGCUCGGUGACUGGAGAUAUGUAUUUUCAAUCCUUUGAUGGGCGGAUCUUCACUUUCCCCGCAACAUGUCAGUACGUUCUCGCCAAAAGCCGCAACUCAGGAAAGUUCACGGUCACCAUCCAGAACGCCCCCUGUGGAGCUAAUUUGGACGGAUCCUGCAUCCAAUCAGUCAACCUGGUUAUUGACGAGGAUCCGAGGACGGAGAUUACGCUGAGCCACGUUGGCGAGGUCUUCAUGGCCGGACAGUACCGCAUCUCGCUGCCCUAUUCUGACGAGAUGUUCCACAUCCAGGAGCUGUCGUCCAUGUUCCUGCAGGUGAAGACGGCAUUGGGCCUGCGUCUACAGUACAGCUGGAAGGAGUUCCGCCUCUACCUGCAGGCUGACGAGCCGUGGAAGGAUGACACGGUGGGCCUGUGCGGCACCUUCAAUGGCAACAUUCAAGAUGACUUCCUAUCUCCAUCAGGAAUGAUAGAAAGCACUCCGCAGCUGUUUGGAAACUCCUGGAGAGUCUCGUCAGCCUGUUCGACCAGCCUGACCACGCCUCAGCUCGACCCCUGUGACACACACCAGCAGGCUGUGGCCUACGCCUCGGAGAUGUGUGACGUGCUGAACCAGGAUCUGUUCUCCGCCUGCCACGAGUACCUGAGCCCGGCCUCCUUCCACCAGCAGUGUCGCUCAGACACCUGUAAGUGCGGGACGCCUUGCCUCUGCUCGGCGCUCGCUCACUACGCUCGCCACUGCCGCAGGUUCUCCAUCAUCGUGGACUUUCGAUCACAGAUACCCGACUGUGCCGUCAACUGUCCGGCCACCAUGCAGUACGGCACAUGCGUGUCGUCCUGCCAGCGCCGCUGCUCCGCCCUCUCGGUCCCGCAGCACUGUGGGGAGGAGUGUGAGGAGGGCUGCGUCUGCCCGCUGGAGUCCUUCUACAACCAUCGAACACACACCUGUGUGCACAGGAGCGAGUGUCCCUGCAGUUUCCUCGGAGCAGAUUACGAGCCUGGAGAUGUGAUCAUGACGUCAGCAGGUGUUCAACUCUGUCUGAAUGGUAAACUGGUGUCCCAAACAACAGACAGUGAAAUGUUGUGUCCGGCUGGUCAGCUCUACCAGAACUGCUCAGAGGAGGACGAUGGCUUCCUGUCAGGAAGGGGCGUGGCCUGUGAGCGCACCUGCGAGUCCUACCUACUCAACCUCACCUGCUCGACACACGAGCCCUGCGUGCCCGGCUGUACCUGCCCUCCUGGCUUGUUGAAACACGGAGACGAGUGCUUUGAACCUGCAGCCUGCCCCUGUCUGUGGAAAGGAAAGGAGUAUUACCCCGGCGACAGAGUCUCCUCCCCCUGCCAUCAGUGUGUUUGCCAGCAUGGGACGUUCCAGUGUGUGUUUCAUCCGUGUCCAUCCAUGUGCAUGGCUUACGGUGACCGCCACUACAGGACGUUCGAUGGACUGCUGUUUGACUACGUUGGUGCAUGCAAAGUCUAUCUCGUGAAGAGCAGUGCUGAUGUCAUGCUCAGUGUAACGGCCGAGAACAUCGACUGUUUCGACAGCGGAGUCAUCUGCAGGAAAUCUCUGCUGAUCAACAUCGGCAGAUCCUUCAUAGCAUUCGAUGACGAGUCUGGAAAACCAAAUCCUUCCAGUGUGAUUGACAGGAAGCAGAGGAUGUUCAUCUGGCCGGCCGGAUACUUCACAGUGGUUCAUUUCCCAGAGGAAGACGUCACCGUCCUCUGGGACCGCAAGACCACCGUCCACAUCCAGGUCGGACCCAGCUGGCAGGGGAAGCUGACUGGGCUGUGCGGGAACUUUGACAUGAAGACGGUGAACGAGAUGCGGACACCCGACAACAUCGACUCCCCGACUCCGCAGGAGUUUGGAAACAGCUGGACAGCAGCAGAGUGUGUGAACAGUCCAGAUAUCAGACACCCCUGCAGCCUCAGUCCGCUCAGAGAGCCGUUUGCAAAGCGGCAGUGCAGCGUCCUGCUCAGUGAGGUCUUCCAGGCCUGCCACCCGGUGGUGGACGUCACCUGGUUCUACAUGAACUGCCUGGCAGAUACGUGUGCCUGCAGCCGUGGAGGUGACUGUGAAUGUUUCUGCACCAGCGUGGCGGCGUACGCUCAGCGCUGCUGCCACCAGGGCGUUCCUGUCGACUGGCGCUCCCCGUCUCUGUGCCCCUAUGAUUGUGAAUUCUACAACAAAGUUCUGGGUAAAGGUCCCUUCAGGCUGAUCAGCUUCAGGGAUCGGACGGCGCUGCUGGCAGCCAGCAGGUCCAGCGGCUCCGUGUUCCUGCUGCAGAGCAACGUCAGCGUCACCGCCGCUCCCGGAGUCCUCUCACAGUUCAUGAUGACGCCAGGCCUCAGCAGAGCCCGACCACACGACACAUCCCGGGUUUCCUUUGAGGCGUCAGACAGACCGAACUACUUCCUGUCAGCGAGCCCCAGCGGGCAGGUGAGGCUCGCUAAGUGGGAAGACAGCAUGGCAUUCUGGGACGGCGCCACCUUCGUCCUCCACAGGAACACCUGGAUCCCCGGCUAUGACUCGCUGGAGUCCCAUGCUAAACCAGGCUUCUUCCUGCACGCCACGCUGAACCGCCUCCACCUGCUCAAGUACAGACACACGGACAGCUUCCGCAAGGCCACGCUGUUCAGACUGACAGGCAUCAGCCCAGACGCCCCGCCCAGCCCUCGGUGUCAGUGGAGGUACGACUCCUGCGUCAUCCCCUGCUUCAAGACCUGCAGUGACCCGUCAGCCGAAGCCUGCCAAACCAUCCCACAAGUGGAGGGCUGCCUGCCUGUCUGCCCCCACCACAUGGUCCUGGAUGAGGUCACCCGUCGGUGUGUCUUUAUUGAAGACUGCAUUAAAGGCCCAGUUGCUGUGCAGCCUGUAACACCGUCCAGCGCUCCACUGACCUCUGCAGCUGUCACUUCUGCAACCACCACAGUCCCUGCUGCCUCCACCCCCCCCCUGCAGACCACCACAAGCACCACCUCAUCCCCCAUCCCUCCAGAAACCGGUCCGACCGCUAAAACCACCACCACUACUCCUGCCGUGAGCACACAGACAACCACGUCAAAGGCGCCGCCCGCUCCUGCCGAGCCGACCCGUGAGGCCACCGUCUCUCCUUCUGCAGCAGCUCCGGAAGUGUCCAGAACAGCAGGACCUCCGGCUCCUCCGACAGCGCUCCCUGCUGUCAGACCAGAGGUGGAGGAGCCGCGGUCCACGGUCAGAGCGACUGAAGCCUCUUCCACCACCACAGCAGACACGACAGCCUGGACAACCAGCGGUGAAAGCUCCUCCCCCUUCGACCGCAGCACGUCCAGGACCAGCGAUGCCCCCUUCGCCAUCACCGCUCUGUUCUGGCUCACUGCCUCCACCAAGCCCACCGACCUCCUGCAGCCGUUCCUCACCACCACUGCCUCAACCCUGCGGCCACCUGCCACUGCAGAACCGACCACGAGCUCAGUGGAAGGGCCGACCACCAUCAGAACCCCUCAGCCUGCUCUCCUGCAACCAACCACACAGACCACAGACGCUACAACACAUUCAUCAGCAGUUCCUCCGAUUGUAACCACAUCUGGUCCUGCUCCAGUCUCAGAGACGGAGACAGUUACAGACAGGACCACAGCUCCCAGUACAGCUCCCACUGCACACACAGACACCAGCACAAAGCCUGUAACAGUGGAGCGACUCCCCCCAACAUCAACCACACCCAUCCCACCUGGUUUACCAAGCACAGCCUCCUCACCUCUCCACACCUCACCUCACACAGAAACUCUAUCUUUGCCCACAGUCACUUCAGCAAAAACCACAGAAUCAGACACACCAGCUGCACCGUUCACCACCAGUAAAACAACAACAACAGACAUAAGUCCAGAGACGACACCAACACCUGCUACCACAGAGAUUCUGCACACCUCAACAACCACAACUUCUACCACAGCUGUCCCUGAGUUACCAACCUCAGCCCCCAUCCAUGCUGCACCAACAACAGCUCCUCCACCUACUCCUUCUUCAGCUGCAGACUGGAGAACAACAACAAAGAAAGUGACCACUUUUGAACCCACUGCAUCUCAAAUUCCUGUAGCUGCCACAACCAUUACUGCACCUCCACCGCCACCUCUGACUUCUUCUCCAGUGUCCUCCUCCACCACAUCCUACGCUGAGAGGACCUCCUGGUCUGCAGCUCCCCCGACAGCAGAGAAAACCACUUGGACCACGACUUCAGGGCCUCCAGAGCCUCCAGAGCCUCCAGAGCCUCCAGAAACUUCCACAGGUCCUCCUGUCACAACAAAACCAACCGUACCUCCAGUGUCUCCGACAGAAACGACUGCUGUUCCACUUUUACCAACAACAGAGAGCUCCAUACAUCCUGCUUCUACAGUGCGGACCUCAGAGCCAUGGGGUGAGACCUCCUCCACCCCAGUCUCCAGCCCCACAGUGAAAACUACACCUUCAGAAGCUGUUGUCCACCCAGUCACUUCCACAAAAACUACAGAAGUGCCUCUUCUUCCUGUAACAUCAGAGCCGGUUGUCACCUCUGCAACAUCAGCUGCCACCACCGCCAAAACUACAACCUCUCGUGAAAUCUCAACUGCAGAAAUUGCAGCCACAACAACCAGAAAGCUGGCUACACCGCCGCCUCCACCUGCGCCUGAAAGUCCCGAGACGCUUCUCACCACCGUCUCCACAAGAGCUCCACCAGGUUUUGUCACCACCACGCUCAGACCCGUCGUCCUGCAGCCGAUCACAGAGACGACACAUCCGGUGACGGGCAGAGUGGAGGUGUCAACGACAACCACGCCACCUCCAUCUUCGUCUCCACUGCGCACGACUACGACUUCUGCUGCAGCUGCGAGGCAGACGACUGUCCAGGACCGAGUCACCACCCGGCUGGUGUCCACAGCGAGAGCUACACCCGCCGGAACAACCACCACCACCACGCGGACCACCGUCCUCAGAACGACACCAAGGGUUCCUUUCACAACAAGAGUUACACCAAGAAUCACGUCGACAGAGAGGCCGACCGCCAGGCCGGCCACUGCAAGGGUCACAGUGGGAACAAGGCCUCCAGAAGUAACCACCAGAGUGACCACUCCCGCCCCAGAGACCGUCCCUACAAGCCCCGACACGACAACCACCUCAGAGGCGCCGACUACAACUGCUGCAAUGUCUGCAGAGUCGGUCACAACAUCGAUCGCCACCAAACAUGUCGACACGACCGCAGCAGUGACCACUUCAGCCGCUCCACCUCCUGCCCCAGUGUCCACAGCCGCCCCCACAACAGCCACCAGAGAGUCAGUCACAUCUGAGAAAACACUUACAACUAAGGAGACCGAAGUGUCUCCAUCAACACCCAAACUGGAGACGCCUCCUGAAACACACCUGAUCUCCACCCAGCAGCCCGGUGUUCCCGCUCCCGCUACGACCUCACUCCCAGCAGCCACCUCAGCACACACGACUGAGCCGGAGAGAGUCGAUCACACUGCUCCACAUGCAACGACGCCUCCUGCACCGGUGGUGCCUCACACACCUUCAGAAACGACCACACACACAGCAGAGGGGACGACGUCUGUCGCUGUGUCACCGACAAGGAUGUGCACGCCUCCGUAUGCAGAAAUCGUGGAUGAAUGCACAAAGUACAUCUGCAUCAAUAACCAACUCGUCUUGUUCAACAAAUCCCAGAGCUGCCCCUUUACCUCCGAACCCCCGAACUGCGGCCUGCUCGGCUUCGCCAUACUGGUCAACGGAGACAAGUGCUGCCCCAAGUGGGACUGUCCAUGUCGCUGCUCGAUGUUUCCAGAUCUCAAUGUGAUCACAUUUGAUGGGAACAGUGUCGCAGUCUACAAAGCUGCCUCAUACAUAGUGACCCAGCUGCCCAAUGAGACGGUCAGCGUCCUGGUUCAGGAGUGUCCCGCUGACUCACAGUCACCACUCCUCUGGAAUUUCACCAACUUGUGUCUGGUGGCACUCAACAUCACGCACAACUCCAACCACAUCAUCAUCAACAGGCUGCAGAGGAGGCUCUACGUCAACUCCCGGUACGCCAAGCCUCGAUUCAAGAAGUUUGGCUUUGAGAUCUACGACACAGGCAACAUGUACCUGAUCCGCAGCCCGGCCGGUCUCAAGCUGCAGUGGUACCACAGCACCGGCAUGAUGGUGAUCGACUCUGACAGCUCCAGCAACAAGCUGCACACCAUGGGCCUCUGUGGUUUCUGUGACGGAGACCCCACAAAUGACCUGACUCUGGCCAACGGCACCACGGUGGGCAUCAGCGAGGAUCCGGCUGUUUUCAUCGACAGCUGGCAGGUUCCCAACACCACCAGCUACGUCAGCCACAGCCGCCGCCGCGAGCUCAACUGCUCCACCAGCGACUGCUCCGGCUGCUUCCUCAUGCUGCAGAACCACGCCUUCUCACCCUGCCACUCCUUCGUCCCGCCAAGCACCUUUUGUGAGAUUUGGGUCCAGGAUGCAGAGUAUGUCAACAACCAGUGUGUGGCGCUGGCUGCCUAUGUGGCUUCCUGCCACAAAUUCAACAUCUGCAUUGAGUGGAGGAGUCCAGAUUACUGCCCCUUUGUGUGUCCUGACACGCUGCGGUAUCAGGCCUGUCUGCCGGCCUGCACGUCUCAGUCCUGCCCCAACCACGACUUCGACUCGGACCCAGACCAGUGCUCCGGCCUGACAGAGGGCUGCGUGUGUCCCGAGGGAACGCUCCUCCACCGGCCGUACUCCGCCCUCUGCAUCUCACCGGACAAGUGUGCCUGCACUGACAGCUCCGGCGUUCCUCGUGCACACGGCGAGGUGUGGAAAGCCUCGAAGGACGCCUGCUGCAUGUACCGCUGCGACAACGACACCAUUGUCCCCGUGGAGUACAACUGCUCCAGCAUGGCGGUGCCGGUGUGCCGGCGGGCCGGAGAGGUGAUCAUCAGCCUGGCAGACGACUCCAGCUGCUGCCCGCACAAAGUCUGCGUGUGUAACCAGAGCCUGUGUGACCCGCUGCCUCCUGACUGUAAAUACGGAGAGAAGCUGGUGUCGUACUACAGACAGGACUCCUGCUGUCCGGACUACGCGUGUGAGUGUGAUCCUGAACUGUGUGAGUCGGACGUUCCCGCCUGCAGAGAGGACCAGACGCUGAUCGCCACCAGAGCCGACGGCAGCUGCUGCCUCGCUCACAUCUGCAUGUGUUCUUCCUGUCUGGAGACGCCUCCUCUCUGCCAGGACGGCGAGGUGCUGACAGUGGACAGCAACACCACGGACCGCUGCUGCCCUGCCUACCAGUGUGUGUGUGAGCCCUACAGGUGUCCUCUGCUCAGUUGUCCUGUUGGGAUGUCGGUGGUGUCCGUGUCCAGUCCGGGUCGUUGCUGUCCGAACCAAACAUGCGAGUGUUCCUGUGAAAAGAUCACCUCCCCUAAAUGUGGCCUGGGAGAAGCCGCCCAGCUGGACCGGGCCUUCCUGUCCGACCCACAGAACCAGUGUGCCUGCAAAAGAUACAAGUGUGUGCGCGAGGCGGUGUGUGUGUUCGGGGAGCGUGGCGUGCUGCGGCCAGGUCAGACUCUGGUGGAGCACCACGACGAUGGCUUGUGUCACAGCCGGCAGUGCAGCCGCAUCGUUGACCCAGCCAGCGGCUUCCACCUGCUGCGCACCAGCAGCAUCAACUGCUCCGCCCACUGCCAACCAAAUCAGAUCUACAUUCCUCCGAAGGACCAGACGACGUGCUGCGGUGUGUGUAAGAACAUUUCCUGCCUCUACCAACACGAGAAUGGGACGACAGUUCUCUAUAAGCCGGGGAAGUCCUGGGUAUCAAACUGUAUGAAGUUCGACUGUGCAGAUACUCAGUCCGGUCCCACACUCAUCUCCUACUCCUUCAGCUGCCCGCCAUUCAACGAGACAGAGUGUAUGAAGAUCGGUGGAACUGUCGUAAGUUACAUGGACGGAUGCUGCAAGACGUGUAAAGAAGACGGGAAGUCGUGUCAGAAGGUGACGGUGAGGAUGACGAUCAGAAAGAACGACUGUCGCAGCAACAGACCGGUGAACAUUGUGUCGUGUGACGGGAAGUGUCCGUCCGCCAGCAUCUACAACUACAAUAUCAACACGUACGCUCGCUUCUGCAAGUGCUGCAGGGAGACGGGGCUGCAGCGGCGCUCCGUGCAGCUCUACUGCAGCGGCAACGCCACCUGGGUCAGCUACAGCAUCCAGGAGCCCACCGACUGCUCCUGCCAGUGGUCCUAA